AUGAUCUUCUGGCUCGCCGGCGGACUCGACGCGUCGCGCUGGACGCACGUCCGGCUGGCGGCGCCGUUCGUGCUGGCCGGCACGGCGGUCGCGGUGCUGCUUUCGCGCGACCUGAACCUGCUCAUGGUCGGCGAGGAGGAAGCGCGGGCGCUCGGCGUGCGCGUGGGGCUGACCCGCACCGUCCUGCUGCUGGCCGCGUCGCUGAUCACCGGCACGGCGGUGGCGUUCUCCGGGACGAUCGCGUUCGUGGGGCUGAUCGUCCCGCACGCGCUCCGCCUGAUCACCGGUGCGGACCACCGCGUGCUGGUGCCGCUGAGCGCGCUCGGCGGCGCGGUGUUCCUGCUUGCCGCGGACACGGUCGCCCGGCUCGUCAUCGCGCCGGCCGAGGUGCGCGUCGGCAUCAUCACCGCCCUGGUCGGCGCGCCGUUCUUCCUGUUCCUGCUGGCCCGCCACAAGGCGCGCGCCGGAUUGUUGUAG